AUGGCUUCCGUUACUUCUCUCGACAAGGACAUGCGCAAAUUGCGCCUCGAUCGCUACACCCCGCAGGCUGCGAAUGAAGUCCGAACUUUCGUCGAGGAUUCCCUGGGAGAACGCCUACCACCAGGAGAUCUACUCGAGAGUCUGAAAGAUGGAGUUGCGCUUUGCAAACUUGUCAACCUCGCUGUACCCAACACCGUGAGAUUCAAAACCAAGGCCGUCAUGCCCUUCGUUCAGAUGGAAAACAUAUCUCUAUACCUUUCAGCAUGCAAACAGCCUCCGUUCAACCUCCAAUCCCACGACAUGUUCCUCACAGUCGAUCUCUACGAAUCCAAAGAUCCAGCCCAAGUCUUACAAUGUCUUGGCGCAUUCAGCAGAGCCGCGCACCGAAUUGCUCCUUCGAAAUUCCCGAACCAGAUCGGCGGAAAUUCUCGUGGCGUGGUGAGUCCACAAGUUACUGGAGCUGGCGCAGUUGGAGGUGGUAGUUUUGGCAAUCGAGGACGAGGUCUCUCAAGUGCGAGUAAUACUUCUUCGGCCUAUAAUCCGAGCGUGAGACCCGCCGGCUCUCUAACACCAACACGAACUGGUGACUCUAACAGUGGAAGAUGGAGUCCAACGAAGACCUCCAAGCCUCUCUCGCCUAGUGGGGUCAGCAGUUGGAGUAAGAAGUCUGAUGAAGGCGCAACAUCGCCGGCAUGGAACAUCGCGCAGUAUGGUUAUAUGGGUGGUGCAAGUCAGGGAAAUCUUGGGGUUUCGUUUGGUGGUAGACGUCAAAUCACAAGCGCUGGUCCCAAUGUUCCGAAUAUGGCCGAGAAAGAGAAGAGACGAAGGGAGAAAGAGGUAGAAGAGGAACGGUUGAGAACUGAGGCCGAGGAUGAAGCUCGUAGAAGAGCAGAAGAGGCGGCUGCCGAAGAAGAGAGCGCGCGAAUCGCCGAGGAAGAGAGAUGGGCAACGGAGAGCAAAAAAUUGAGAGAACAAGAACGACAAAUGGCUGCUGAGGAGAAGAGAAAAUGGGAGGAAGAAGAGCAGAGAUGGCGAUUGGAGGAGGAGGGCCGUCAGAAAGAAGAACGAGAAGCAGAAGCCAGGUUGCAGGACGAGCGAAAAAUAGCACGUGGCAACAGCGACGCUCGAUUGAAAGGACAAUUUUUGAGUCAAUACCAGGCCGAGAAUGGCGCUCAACAGGAUAAUUCUGGAAGCAGUCGAAUUAAGGAAUUGGAACGAGAACUGGAACUAGCUCGAGAACGAGAAAAGCAAUACGAGAGAGAACGGCAGACGAAAUUAGGUGAACGAAACCAUCAAGUAAUGGAGGAUCACGAUUUGGCUGUACGCAUGAAGGAAGAAAGCUCGAAGUCACGACAGCGGUCACGCAGUAGACCACGGGCACCACCACGCAAACCCAGCGAGGAAGAAUGGCGACGAGACGAGCGAGAUUACCUCCGCAAGCAAUGGAGUACUCAACAUAGUUCCGAGGAAGUCGCUGCUCCAUUACCUUCAAAAUCACCGCGACCCUUACCAGAACCCGCACCCCCGGUUCGAGUGGUGAAGAACAACACUGGGCCCUCCUCAAGACCUCUUCCCGACCCAACAAAAUACGCCUCAUCAUCCAACCCACCAGCCAAUUUGUCACAAUCUCAAAAUCGCACCGACAGAUACCUCUCAUCCAACCCCGCACCCCAGCAAGCUAAGCCGACAACCACCUACUCCAACGAAAUCGGCGGCUUCGAUAGUACAGCUGAGCGCGAUGCCGAGGACCGCCGCCGUCUUGCUUCGCAGCAGAAGACUAAAGCUGGUGGAUGGGCUUCCAAGUCGCUGCUAGAGCGCGAGAUGGAAAUGGAGAGGCAGCGUCAGCAGGAGUGGGAAGAAGGCCAGAAGGAGAUUAAGAAUAAAGUUCCUGCCGGAGCUGGGGUUGAUGGGAUUGGAGGUGGGAUUGGAGGAAAGUGGGAUGUUAACCAAUGGACUGGUUAUACGGGUGGCGAUGGACAGAAUAGAGGUACGCAGGGGAUUGGUAGUGGCAGGAGACAGAUUGUUGGACCAAGACCGCCGCCUCCGGGCCGUUGA